AGAGCCGCCAAGCAGGUUGUUUUGUUGUUGUUGUUCCCGGCUUUUACAUUUUCCUCUAAAUUCGACGUAAAAAGCGAUUGUUCCCAAUAGACAAAGCGCUCUCAGGAUGGCGUUAAAUAACUCAAAACAAGCUGCUGCCAAGUCUGGGCUCCAGCUGCCCAUAUCUCGGAUAAGGACCAUAAUGAAAAGUUCUCCUGAUGUUGAAAGUAUAGGACAGGAUUCUCUGUUUCUAAUUACUAAAGCAACGGAGCUAUUUAUCCAAUCUCUUGCUCAGCGAGCUUAUGAAGAUUCUAAAAGGAUGAAUAAUUUGGGCUACAAGCAUGUUGCCAAUGUGGUUCAAACUGAAGAAGAAUAUGAUUUUCUCAAAGAAAUACUACCAAGAAAGGUGUUGGUGAAAGACAUUUCCAAAUAUUUGAACAAGGGUGAGGAGGAGGACGAAGAAAAGUGUGAAGACGAAGAACAAGAAGAAAGUGGCGACGAGGAGGAAGAGGGAUAAAAAUAAGAGGACACUAGGUUUUCUCCUUUCCACAUUUUGUCUUGAUUCAGAACCUCUAGUUUGCCAGGUAGGUUGCCUGGCAAAUUCCUUAAAUCAGAUAAUAGUUAAAUAAUUAUUCGGCAAAUUAUGAAAAAAAUCUAUUAAAAUCCUGGACGUCUUUGUUAUUAGUUGCGCUACACAAAUGAAUACAUACAGUAAAACAAUCAAGGAUGAGUGGAAAUUCUGCUCAUCUUAUUUCAAAUAUUACAGAUGUACAGAAUGAACCUUUUACCAUCUUCAUAAUAAUUAAUUUUAAUUCCAAGUGUACAAUGAAUUACAAAUAGCCUAAUUUAUAAAUUUUAAUGUUUUUAUUGCACAAAGUGCACUUAAUGUUAAUAUUAUAAUGUAGAUGUGACAUGAUUGAAAAAUUCCAUUUCCAAUAUCUUAAUUUAUUUUAAAAAACUGUCAGAUUCUUAAUUUUUACCGAUAAAAAUAAUUUACAAUUUUCAUUGAAUAAUGAAUUGGUCAUUAUUUCAAGAAACAUAACAUGCACGAAAUAAAAUCUCAAUCUUUUUACUUUUCAGUAAU